CCUUUAAACAUAAUCGAUCUUGCUCCUCGAUGGGGAAUCUCACGGCUGAUCUCCCGUCGGACCCUUCACUUCUCGCUAUCCUCAUUCCAGCAGCUUGAGCUGCCGAUCAGUCUGCCUCACUUCGCCAGACUCCCCAAACCCCCCCCCGUUCCGCUGUUCUUUCCCCCGUUCGUUCCCCAGCGUCAUUGGGAAAAGCAACCGCCGUCAAGUAGACACUGGCUGUCGUACAAAAUGGUUUGGGUCGACAACGCAACACCGGAGGUGGACGCCAUUUCCCAGUGGAGGACCAUCGUCACCAUCUGCGCCGUCCUCUCGUUUUUCUCCGUCGUUAUUGUCUCAGCCCGGUUAUGGAUUCGCGACAAAAAUCAUGGCCUCGCCGCCGAUGACUGGAUGUCAGCCAUUUCCAUGGUGUUUGGACUGCUUUAUUCGGUCCUCUGCAUCGUCCAAACGAAAUAUGGCCUCGGGUUACCGAUCGCUCUCCGCCCCAAAGAGAACCUGCUUCCCUACAGCCGCAGCAACUUUGCUGGUCGCCCCAUCUAUCAGAUGGGCAUCAGCUUCUUCAAAGUGGCCUUGUUGAUCAGUUAUCUCCGACUUUUCAAGGGCACAAACCACCUCUGGUACCGAAGGGUUGUCUGGAUCGCCAUGUUCUUUGUCGUGGCCGGCCACUUGGGAUGCUCGCUCACGCUGAUCUUUGCAUGCAACCCCGUUCACAAAUCAUGGGAUCCCAGGGUCGACGGAAAAUGCCUGGCGCCAGGACCGUCAUUCACAGCCUAUGCCAUCGUCACGAUUAUUUCUGAUGUCAUCGUCGCCAUCAUUCCUAUCCCUGUGCUCCUCCAGCUCAAGGUCAGCAGGGGCAAGAAAAUCGGUCUCAUCGUCAUCUUCUUGCUCGGCCUCUUUACCACGCUUUGCUCCGUCUUCCGGUACAUGCAAAUCGACAAUAUCCAAAACGGCGAUGGUAAUUCUACCAUGCUCAUCGUCUGGGGGGUCAUUGAGUUCAACGUGGGCAACAUGGUUUCUUCUCUCCCUUUCCUGGCGCCUAUCUUCCUCCGAAAGGCCAAGGAGUACACCAGCAAGUACUCUGGUGGCAGUGGCAAUGGUUACCCCAGCGCCGGGGGCAGCAAUGGUCGCAAGUUGGGCGGCGGCAAGUCUGGCAGCGAUGCCUACAAACUGAGCAACAUUUCGAGUGGGUUGGGUCGCAAGGGCACUUUCAUCUCAUCCAAAGGACAUCCCGGUCAUAGUAUGGGCAGCGAGGAGAACAUCCUCAAGGACAGCCCCGAUGGAUCCAUCAUGAAGAGUGUCACCUACAGUGUCCAUGUCGAUGAGAGUGAGCGACGCACUCAACGUGGGGACAGAGACUAA